AUGCAUAGGACCAAUGGAAUUUCUGGCACACACCAAGCUUGUGCUGCUUGUAAACAUCAAAGGAAGAGAUGUACUGAUAAGUGCAUAUUAGCUCCAUUUUUUCCAGCUGAAAAAGUGAGAGAAUUUCAAGCAGUUCACAAAGUAUUUGGUGUUAGUAAUGUCCAAAAAUUGGUAAGAAAUCUCCUUAAUGAUGAGGACAGAAAACGGGCCACAGAUUCUCUUGUUUGGGAGGCCUUAUGUCGUCAAAAGGACCCGAUUUUAGGCCCAUAUGGAGAAUAUAGAAAAAUCUAUGAUGAACUCAAGUCUUAUCAAACUCAGGCCCAAGCCCAAGUCCAUCAUCAAGCGGGUCAAUAUAUGGCGCAAAACGGGCACAAUAACGGGUCGGUUUAUAAAUCGGGAAAUGGGUUGCUUGGGUGGAGCGUAAACACUAACGGGUCGGGUGGUAUUAACAACAAGGUGAAUUAUAGUGGAGGAAUUAGUGAUAAUGUUGCUUUGGUGGAUUGUAUUCGAGCCCAAUGUGGGCCGGUUAUUGGUUCGGGUUUGUAUGGUAAUUGUGGAUCUCAAGAUGAUUUGAAUGGAGCAGAAAAAAUGAGGCAAGAUAUAGAUGCUAGUGUUGGCUCAGUUGUUCCUCCACAACAACAUCUAAUGAAUGGAUUUAGCCAGCAUUACUACCUUCCAGGUGAAUAUAUGUUUAAUAUGUUUGAUGGAGAUAGAUUGGAGAAAUUUCGCAACUCAAUUCAUUAA